CUCGAUCUGUGCGCUUGAGUUUUUUCGUUGUGAAAAUUAAAUAGAAAUAUUUGCAAUAAUUGUAGUUUUUAAAAAGCUUUUAGUAACUUUCGAUCCGCCCCGAUGGACGUCUGUCGCGUUUGCCUGCUGGAGGACGCCGACGUGUUUCUCUCGGUGUUUUCCAAGCUGGAGCAGGUUCCGAUUGCGGAAAUGCUGAGCCAGCUCACCGGUCUGCAGCUGGCCAAGGGCGACGGGUUGCCCCGGUUCAUCUGCAAGGAGUGCUCGGAGGACGUACUGAAGUGCUACAAGGUCAGACGCAAGUGUCUGGAGUCGGAACGCCAGCUUCGGAGCACCCUGGAGAAGAGCAGGGAGAAGAUGAAGCUGGUCGAGCAAUACUUGAAGAAGGAAUUGUUGAAGGGAAGCGAAAGUGAAAAUAAAAACGUUGCUGGUGAGAGUCUUGUCCUGGCGGAGGAAGUGCUGAAGGACGUCGCGGGAAGUGAGCAGCUGAUGAGCAUGCUCUGCCCACCGCAGCCAGUAGAAAAGCAAGAAUCAUUCAAAACCAUUGACGAAACAGAAGAAUCAGUAACAGCUGAGGAGGAGCUCCCUUCUGCAACGUCGUCAGCGAUUACAAUUAAAAGGGAGGCGGAUUUCGUGGUUUCGUUGGAUCCAGUCAGUGAACUGAUUGUUCAUACGCAACCUGAUGCUGAUGGGGAUCCAGAGUUCGAAACGGACACGGUUGAAACUAAGGCAUGCGAAUCAAUGGUGAGCAUUGAGGUGGUCCAGGAAGAGGAAGCGGAAACCGUGAUCGAAAGUGAAGCUGUUGAAGCAGCGGUUGAAACCGAAGAGUACGACUUUGGCGAGGAAUAUCUGGAAACGCAAGAAGAGGACGACAUUCAGUACACGAUCGACAGCGAUAUUGGCGAGGAGGAGGUUGUUAUGAUGGUGCAAAAGCUCGUUUCGAGAGCGGAACAAAAGCAGCAACAGGAUCAAGACGGGAAGAUAAUUUGCUGUGGAUGCGAGAUGCACUUUGAAACGGACGAACAGCUGCAACGGCACUCGAUCGCGGAGCACGAGAAAAUGCGAAUCAAAAGCAACGCAAAACCAUUCGAGUGCCAAAUUUGCUUCAAGCGAUUUCUUAGCGAGCAACGGCUGACACUUCAUCAAACGUAUGCUUAUCGGGAGAAGAGCCAUGUUUGCGAAAAGUGCACUGCACGAUUUACGUGUCGAGGCUCUUUGCUGAAUCACAUGAAAACGCACGCUGAACGAACUUAUAAAUGCGACGUCUGUUCAAAGUGUUUCUAUACGAGCAGCACCCUGCAAUCGCAUCGACUAUUGCACUCCGAUUCCAAGCAGUUUAAAUGUCCGGAACCAAACUGCGGUAAAAGUUUCCUUCGGAAAUCCGACCUGCACAUCCACCUGGUCUCACACUCCGACGAGCGUCCUUUUGUUUGCGAAGUGUGUGAAAGUCGCUUCAAAUCCAAGGCUCAUCUGGUCCAUCACGGAAAAGUGCACACGCGAGAAAAGCCGUACAAGUGUGCCAAAUGCGACAAGGCCUUUGGAACGUACUCGGCGCGGAACGUCCACCAGCUGGCCCACGAAGGCAUUCACAAGUAUAAAUGUGAAUACUGCGACAAGGUUUACCAGCGCAACACCAAACUGCAGGUGCACAUCCGGCGGAACCACACCGGCGAGCGCCCGUUUGCCUGCGAUGUUUGUCCGAACGAGCGCUUCUACCAAAACUGGGAACUGACCAAUCAUAAGAAAAAGGUCCACUGGAUGGACGUGAAAGGGGAAGCCGAUAGGGACGAUGGAGAUGAGUGUUCCUCAUCGCCAGAGGUGAAAGUGAAGCGAGCGAAAACUGCGAAGGAUUAGGCGGAGAACUCGCAAAUGUAUGUUUGUGAAGAUUAAAGUGUACAAAUAAAAUUUGUGGUUAUCAUCA